AUGACUACCCCCAUCGACAUGGAGGGUGCAAAAUUCUCCAUGAUCAACAGUUUGAGAAGUGGCAAUGCGCUCUAUGACACAAUGCUUGCUAUGUUGAUUCCCCUGCUCUUCAAACUGCUGUUCGAUGGAGCCUCCAGUUUGCUUCCUUUCCUCAACGACAUAUUGGCCAAAGUCAAGAAAAUGUUCAGGAGAGCGCCUCCGGAAUACUACCAGCGCACCAUCGAGGUUCAGCAGAUGCGACGAAGCGAUGGGUACCUGUACACCCCUGGACCCGGGUACGACAGAUCGACAGUUCUUCUGAGGGCACUGACCCAGUACAUUGCUGACAAGGUCUCGUCCUACAAGGAAGCCAAAGUGUCAUUGGAGGAUCACUACAUGGAAGUCGAAAUUGAGAACGAUGAUGGUGACGAAGACGAUCCAGAAAAAAACACGGAGAUUGGGUUCCUCAAAACGUACUACCAGAUUACUCAGAAGGUGCCUGAGGACAAAUGGAUCGAGGUUGAACCUGGUUUGGAGGUCUUCUUGAAAGUCAACGAAAGCGAGCGGCCUCCAGACAAAGACGUUGCACACAUACCGGUCAAAGUUACUACGGAGAUGCUCAUCAAGUCCCUCAAAGAGAAACAGGUUGUUGAUUUUAUUGACAAGUCCUACCAGUGGUAUUUGGACUUGCAGAGCAAGAUGCAGUCCAAGAACAAGUGCCGGUACAUGUACGAGAUGAUUCCUUCGAAGGCAGAAGAAGCAGAAAAGAGAUCGUACAGAAGAUACAAAUUGUCGGGAGACAAGGCGUUUCAGAGUUUGUUCUUCCCCGAGAAGGAUACUCUGGUACAAAUCUUGGACCACUUCAAGCAUCGGACUGGCAAGUACGGCAUCCCAGGAUAUCCCCACAAGCUGGGGUUGUUGCUGUAUGGCCCUCCUGGCACAGGCAAAACCAGCCUGAUCAAAGUCCUCGCGCAACAUACGGAGCGGUCCAUUGUGAAUGUGCCUCUGGCACGCAUCAAGACCAACACGGAGUUGAUGCAGCUGAUCUUCGACCAGAAGUACACGGUAGAAGGUAUCGAAACACCAGUGCGGCUACGAAUCAAGGAUGUCAUCUUCGUCAUGGAGGACGUGGACGCAGCCUCCCAUGUCGUGCAUCGCCGGGACCAGUCGAAAGAAGCUUUGCGGGAGGAGCUCUUGAGUAUGCAGAACUUUGAUCGCAUCGAGCGCUUGGAGAAGCUGGAAAGGUUGGCCAAGAAACUCGAGAAGGAGGAGGAUUCUGAGAAGUCUAAACCGAAAGGAACCCAGGAGAGCAAGACAGAAUCAAAAGAAGUCACUGAGACUGCGGCUGCAGAACAGAAGGGAGCCACGCGAGAAGUGGACGGAAAGCUUCUACAGCAGAUGCUGGAUGUCAUUCAUGACAAAAGAGGUGGCGAAACGCUCUAUGGGGUCGCAGGGCCCUCUGGCGAGGUCAUGGGCGGGGACCAGCUGAACCUUGCCGGGAUUCUGAACACCCUCGACGGCGUCGUGGACACGCCUGGGCGGCUCCUGGUCAUGACGUCCAACCACCCCGAGAAGCUGGACCCUGCCUUGAUCCGGCCUGGUCGCAUCGACAAAACCUUUCACUUGACUUACAUGGUCGGUCACCAGGCGUGCAACAUGGUGGCCCACUAUUUCCAGCAGGAAGUCAGCAGCCAGAUCCAGGAAAGACUGACCCUGCUACUCGACGGGGGUGUUGAGUCCAAGGCUUUGGAAAUCACCCCGGCCCGGUUGGAGCAGCUCUGCGCAGAGCACGACACCGCGGAGGACCUCUGCGCAGCUUUGGAGUUGUUGUUGGAGCCACAGCCGAAGGUCAAGCUGUUCCGAGCCGAGAGUGUUAGUGCCGAGAAGACCCUCGCAAGCAUCCAGCGUUCCACCACGGCGCCCCCCGACACCGGCGAAAAGCGGCUGGCGAAAUGCUGGUAG